CCUAGUGGAACGACUUACUUGGUGCCACUGGCUAUUGGCAUCGCACCCAACGGACGGAAUGGGCCACCAGUUUGUGGCCCCCGCGGCAAAGCAUGGUUGCCUCGGCCUUGGGGAUCUAAUGACUGCUGCGUAAUACCUUCCGAUCAUAUCAUCGGACAGGAACUGCUCGUCGCUCCCUCGGCCCUGCCAUCCAUAUAUCUACCCGAGACUCGCCCCCUAUUCCCUCAACCCCGAGAAAACCCUCAUCUUCAAAACUCAGCAUCCCCCAUCCGCACACUCGCCUCCACCACAGCAUAACCUCACCCACCAUCACGAUGACCCGAGUAGCAGUCCAACCCACCGGCGGCGUCCCAACCCCCGUGCAAGAUCCCAAACUCAGCGGAUUCCUCUCCCGUCUGAAAGUGAAGAACACCGACACGGCGUCCCACAAGGACACCGUAGACUCGUACUACAAGUACUGGGACUCGGACCGCAACGUUUCCACUACCACCCUGGUUGAGGAUGAGAACUCGGUUGCAGCGAGGAGGGCGGGUUCGGACAAGCUUACCAACCACUUUUAUGAUCUUGUUACUGAUUUUUACGAAUAUGGCUGGGGAAUGUCGUUCCACUUUGCGCGCAUGUUCAAGGAGACGACCUUCAAGAACUGCGUGGCGCAGCACGAGGACUUCCUUGCUCUCAAGCUGGGCUUGAAGCCGGGCAUGCAGUGCGUCGACGUCGGUUGUGGUGUCGGUGGUCCUUUGAGGGAAAUCGCCAAGUUCAGCGGUGCCACCAUCACUGGUCUUAACAACAAUGCCUACCAGGUCGAGCGUUGCAACCACCUCGCCAAGCACCUCGGUCUGUCUUCCAUUUGCAAGGCCCAGAAGGGUGACUUCCAAGCCAUGCCCUUCCCCGCCGCCAGCUUCGACGCCGCCUACGCCAUCGAAGCGACCUGCCACGCCGCGCGCCUCGAGAACGUCUACGGCGAGAUCUUCCGCGUCCUGAAGCCAGGCUCCAAAUUUUCCUGCUACGAGUGGCUCACCACCGAGCGCUACAACCCCAACGACCCCAAGCAGCUCAAGGUCAUCCACGACGUCGAGGAAGGAAACUCCAUCUCUAAGCUCUACACCAUCCCACAAUGUCUUGCUGCGUUGAGGAGCGUCGGGUUUGAGAUUGAGGAGUACUGCGAUCUUGCGGACCCCAACUCCCCGUUGGCGGAUGCCCAGGACCCGUGGUACCUCCCCUUGAAGGGCAGCUACUCUUUAAAUAUGGAGCAGAUUGGCCGAUGGAGGAUGACGCCCAUUGGUCGAUGGAUGACGGACAAGAUGGUCUUCACCCUCGAAACCGCCCGCCUGGCACCAGCAGGCACCCGCAAGGUGUCCAGCCUGCUCAACCUGGCCGCCGACGCCCUCGUCGCCGCCGGCGAGCAGCACCUGAUGACACCCAUGUUCUAUUUCACCGUCCGCAAGCCCCUUAACGCGACCGGUGCUAUCACCAACGGCGUCGGUCACUAAGUGUGUUUGAGGUCGACAACGUCUACUCACACAUUCGCUCACACUACCCACCCUUAUCUCUCCACCUCCCCGCGCGCAAUAUA